GGAGACGGGAAGGGAUCGAGUCAAAUCGGAACCAAAGAGUUGCCGAAAACAGUUUACUGAACAUCUACUGUCUGUCUGGGUAGGUCCUAUGGAGGUGGCUGUCUUUUUUAUUGCAUCAUUGCAUUCAAAUUGAAACCUCUCUGCUGUCGGAUACCUUGAUCGAUAAGGCAAUCUGAUAUUUUCCACCUUUGACCUUUCACCUUACACCUUAGUGCGCUUGUCCCUUUUCUCUUCUUCUCUCAUCCCAUCCCAUCUUUCCAUCUAUUUCAACCUUUCACUUCCCAUGCCACAAUUUCUUCUUCGUCUCGUCUCGCCUCAUCUCAUCACUUCCUCUCUUCUUUCCUCUCACCAAUUCUCCUUCCACCACAUCUCCCUCGAGAUUCAGCUGUUUUGAAUUGACGUCCCGGUCUGCAAUACUUCUAUUUAUCUGAGAGACGUCCUAUAAUACGGAUCAAGUUGUCCUACUCAUCUCGUCACAAUCUCCUUUUAAUAUCCGCUUCUGCGAAAUCACGCUCUUCUGUCCUCCUCGUCAGAACAAUCAAGUGAUAGAUCUAUCUCAGAUCAAGAUGAAAAUCAAUAUUACCGCUAGACUUGCGUCCAGCGCGUUUCUGCUUGCGUUGGUCCCUGCAGCUCGAGCUCUGCCACAAUGGCUUCAGCCACACCUUCGUAAUGCCAAUGCAGAUGCGUUUGCCCCUCGGGAUUAUACAAUCUAUGAGAGAGCAGAGGGUAUUCAAGAUCGCUAUACACCAUAUGGAUAUGGGCCUCAGCCUACAUAUACCAUAAACCCAGUCACAAGCGCUGACCCCGAGGAAACUUCAUCAUCCAGUACUAAAAUUGGAUCUGUAACGGUCUCUGUCUCUGGUUCUUCUGUCAGCGGUAUACUUUUCACUGGUACUUCUCCUGUUAGUCUAUCUACUGGCCCAGGAUCGGUUGAGCCUUCUGUUGUUACUUCUUCCACUGUUGCAUACUCUACAAUCACCAUUUCAGUUUCUGCUACAGAAGGUUCUUCCACGGAUUCGGCUUCAGCUUCGACUUCGAACUAUGAUCCAGAAACGUCGGCUUCAGCAACAGGGACCAUAUCGUCGGAAACUAAUGGAAUAUCACCAACAAUACCUGGAGCAACAGAUACUACAUCUUCAGAUUUCAAUGGAAGCCCACCAACAACAUCUGGAGCACCAGGCACUACUACUCCUUCAGAGUCUAAUGGUAGUUCGCCAAUAACAUCGGCAGGUACAUAUGAACCAUCUGGUAUCAUUUCAUCGGACUAUUCCUCUACCACUCCAAGUACAACCACUACUAAUCAUUGCAAUCAUGACAACUGUCUCCGUGAAUUCAUUCGGUCUUCUUCCAUUGUUGGCCCGUUUUGUGCUACAUAUACUUUGUCAGAAAAUACUGCCACUGCAGAUCUUCCAACAUAUGUUUCACAAUGCCAUGAUUCACCUUCAAGGAUCUCAUCUGCAUGUUCGUGUUUGAAUACUGGUGCCGCAACUACUCCAGGAAACGUCGGUAGCAGUACAUCUUCGGCCCAGGCAGGGCCGGAAAGCACACCCCCAAUAAGUGGUGCACCGAUUUCUUCUGGAGCGGAAAGUUCUUCGUAUUCAUCACCUGCCGGUCCAGAAUCUUCUGCUAGCCAAAGUUCUUCUGUCACUAGUUCUGGAAGUUUAGGCUCUACGGUGACUGACACUCAGACCUACACCGUCACCCCUACCAUCACUAUACCUUCCGGAAGCCAGACGACUCAACCAUCAGGAAGUGCAUCAAGUAGCGAGUCAACAACCACUUCACCGGGAGCUGAUACGACAACAACUCCAAGUGCAAUAGGAAGUGAGACAACCGCUGCCCCAUCUGGUGGCGAGACAACAACUUCUCCUUCUGCCGGUACAACUACAUCUUCUGGAGAUAUAACCCCAAGUGAAAGCUCAAGUAAUCCCAGCUAUACUUCAGGAGCAUCGGCCACCGAGCCUAUAUCUUCUGCGUCUGCAAGCUAUACCAGCUCACCUUUCACGUCUGGAAAUCCUUCGACUCCUGUCAGUCCAAUUAGCUCAUCAACAUACGUUUCAGCUAGUUCGUCAUCUGCAGGGCCAUACACAAACACUUCAGCUUCAGCAACCGGUCCUGUAACUUCCGGAAUCUCAUCAUUCAAUCCAUCUGGCAGUGUCUCGGCACCUGGAAGUUCAAAUGGCGGUAGUGCUCCUUAUACAAAUUCGACAUCGGAAUCGUCUUCAACAACUACAAUCGUUUCUUCAGGGACUGCACCAUUCACUUACCCUUAUCAGACUGGAAGUGGUCUUUCUAGUGGAAGUAUCUCUGGCGGCAUUUCAAGCUCGAGUGCAUCGGCACCUUUGUACACAAAUUCGACCGCUGUAGCCAGCCCAACUUAUCUCGGUACUGCGCCAUUAUCUUCCGGCUCAUCGGAAAGCGGAGUUUUGUCGACAGGAGCUUCAUCAUAUACUCCUCUAUACCCACUGAACUCGACAUCCACCUCAAGUGGAGUUGUUGGGCCCACAGGAUCAGGUAUAUCGGGUGGUAUUAGCUCUAGCUCGUCUGCCAGUGCUCCUUACCCAACGGGUAAUAAUGCUUCAACUACUGCUGGUCCAACUGGCACAGGAUCUAUGCCGACAUCCUCUUUAUUAGGAACUGGUACCUCGGGGUCUUCUGUCUCUGGUAUCAUUAGCUCCUCCGCUGGAUCCGCUCCAUACUAUCCUUAUGGAAAUAGUACUUCAUGCACAAAUGGCCCAACUGGAUCCGGAGCAGGAACAGGUAGUCCAAGCUCUGUGUCAGGAGGUGUCCAAUCAAGUACUGGUUUUUCAAGCUCAGGGAGCUACCCAUCUUCUUCUAAUGUGUCAGGUGGAAUCAGUUCGUCGCUUCCAUCCUCUGCUCCAUAUCCAAUCUCCAACAGUACAUCAACGGCGGGACCAACCAAUCCAGGUACCUCGGUAUCUAAUGGUUUCACUUCUGUUACUUCUGCACCACUUGGCACUGUAAGCUCACCAUCAUCAAGCGUCUCAGGUGGUAUUAGUUCUUCACCAGCAUCUUCCCAACCAUACCAACCUUAUCCCUAUGGAAAUUAUACCCUUCCACCACUAGGGACAGGCACAGGAGGUGCAGCUACAUCCACACCUUUCGGGUCCGGAAGUCCACCAUCAAGCACCGGUACAGCACCUCUAGGGACAGGGAGCUCAAGCACUGAUUCCGGAUCAUCUUCAUCAGUUCCAUACCCAACUCCUUCGAAUGGAACUUUGACUAGUGGACCAACUGGGCCAUUGGGAACCUCACCAAUAUCCAGCAGUGAUUCUGGUCAAUCUUCAUCGGCUCCAUACCCAACUUCAGGAAACAGCACAUUGACUAGUGGACCAACUGGAACUACAUCUGUCUUGAGAACUGGUACAGCGCCUUUGGGAACAGGAAGUUCGAAUACUGAUUCUGGCUCGUCAUCAUCAGUUCCAUAUCCAGCCUCUUCAAACGGAACCCUAACUACUGGACCAAUUGGACCAUCAGGAACUUUACCAGUCUCAAGCUCAUAUCAAUCAUCUGUCUCUGGUAGCCCUACCAGUAUUGGUAAUGCAACUUCAGUGAAUCCAACCUCAUCUGCCAGUACUUACGAUCCUGAUGGAUCUACUUCCAGUCAAGGAUCCGUAGGAACCUCGUUGUCAUCGUAUUCGGCAACAGGUUCAUUUAAUACCAGCACUGGAGCUUCCCCUACUACAUCCUCGUCCUCAGGUGGCUCUGGUACGUCGAUCACGUCGGCAACUUUGACACCAUCCACAUUUGCAACAUCGGUUUCGACUGGGACAUAUGCUGGCACCAAUUCUUCUUCCAUCGUCUCGUCUGUGUUGACUUCUGACUUUGGUUCCUCAAUCUCAUCCACGGAUUCUUCAAGUGCUGCACCUUCUACAAAUUCUCCCACUCCGACCACUUCGUAUUCUCCACCACCAACUUAUGCUCCGCCACCUCCACCAAAUUAUUAUGGCUGGGGAUCAUGGGGCAGAAAGCAUCAGAAUAGGGAUUCUGGUAGUGUUCGUCGUUGGUUCUGGUAAGAAUCGAGUACAAUACAUCGAGCGUUAAGCUCAAACACAAUUUUCGCUUCUAGACUUGCUUUCUUUUUGACAUUUUGAUUGUAUCUUCAAUCGAAACACAUGUUUUCUUUCGCUAUCUUAAUUUUCUUUCUUUAUCACGAACUUUUUCUUCUAUGUAUGGACGAAGGAAGGCAAGAUUCAAAAUGACUAUCAUGUCAAUUAAUGCAUAUCAGCUUCAUUUACUGUAUGGUGCUUUUCUGACCCAAACAAAAAUGAGCUAUGAAAGAAGUCAGUUAUUUGGCAAGGUUGUAUGAAAUAGCUACAUAAAGAUAAGAAAUAACAUAUCAAGUCAAAUUUCUCAUUUCA